AAUAUUAACUGACCUUCUUAGUCUGUCAGGUAGGGUCACUAAUAUUAAUUCUUUCUCUUUGCAGGGGUGUCAGAAAGACACCCAAUUUGUUAGUCUUUGCACAAUGUAUCACAAAGCCAUAGACAACAGAUAUUUCUCAGAAAUUGGUGUGGCUCAUUUCCCAUCUAAACAAGCUCCUUCUAUCCCCCUGCUUUUCUCUGGGAAAAAUUAAAGAAGACGAAAAAAGAAACGCAGUAAGCCAUUAUUUAUAUCUGGGAAUAAUGAAUGUUUAUCUGGAUUUUGUAACACAAAUUAUGUAAUGAAGCAGAGAAAAGGCUUUUGAACAAAUAUGUUAAUGAGAUGGCAGCUAAGGGAGAGGUUACAGAGCUGCCAAUUCUGAAAUUUUAAACGUGAUUUUCUUUUGGAUCUUUUUUCUUUUGUAGUCUUUAGCCUGCACAGUGUUUGAAUGGACUUUAGGGCACAAACGAUAUGGGAAACACCAAUUUUAGGUCAAGAAAGACUGACCAGCAACAUAGACUGAUUGAGAAAACCCCACUGACUCAAAAUUCAUAAUGAGGGCUUUUAUGUAGAAAGUUGUUGGGCACAGGGAUUGUGCCGAAAGGACUGUUCAUUCAGAGUCUCGAGAGCUUUUCUUGGAAAAACAUCAGAUGCUCCUCUGGGAACUUAGUUGAAAGCUACUCCUGAAGCAGGACUGUGGACUGGCAGUAACUGGGAAGGACCGAUUGGAGGGAAAAUGGAGAGCAAUGAAGGAGUGGUUUUCUCUGAAUGCUGGUAAUAACUCUUUCUAUUUAAAUUCUGUGUAAACCUUCCAGUGCAUAACAUUACCAUACAAGAGCUCUUCUAGGCAUCUUUUGAAGGCAAGAAUCACAUAAAGGAACCAUUUUUUCAUUGGAGACAGGCCACAGGAAUUCAAGUUUUGGCCGAUUCCCCACUUUCUGCUAGACUUUGCACUGGUGUGAAGUUUCCUCUGUGUUGGAGGCAAAAUGUGGGUAUCUUAUCAUCGUCAUGGCUGUGUACUGGUGCACUGAAGUGAUCCCCCUGGCUGUCACCUCCCUCAUGCCAGUAGUGUUUUUCCCUCUGCUUGGAGUUCGGAGCGCUAAAGCAGUGUGCUUGCAGUACCUAAAUAACACAAACAUGCUCUUCUUUGGAGGGCUGAUUGUUGCAAUUUCUGUUGAGCAUUGGUGUCUUCACAAAAGGAUUGCGCUGAAGGUCCUUCUGUGUCUUGGGGUGCAGCCUGCACUCCUCAUGCUGGGAUUUAUGAUAGUCACUGCCUUCCUGUCUAUGUGGAUAAGCAACACAGCCACCACUGCCAUGAUGGUUCCCAUUGUCCAGGCUGUUCUGGAGCAGCUGGACAGCACAGAGUAUGACAUGACUGUGUUGGAGCAAGAAGCUGAGCAAGCAAAUGCAACGAUUGAGCUGGAGGAAAAGAGCACAUCAGUGUCCACUGCAGCCAAUGUUGGUAGCAAUGAACAAGUCCCUGAUGACCCCAGAUCUGCUGAGGAAAGGAAAAAGUGGAAGCAUAUAUGCAAGGGAAUGACACUUUGUGUAUGCUAUGCUGCCAGCAUUGGAGGAACUGCAACACUUACUGGAACAGGACCAAAUGUGGUACUAAAAGGCCAGAUGAAUCAGAUAUACCCCGACAAUAAUGAUAUUGUGAAUUUUGCUUCCUGGUUUGGAUUUGCAUUCCCAAACAUGAUCCUGAUGUUGGUGCUAGCUUGGUUUUGGUUGCAGUGCUCCUUCAUGGGACUCAACUUAAAAAAAAGCUGGGGCUGCAGGACAGAGAAAGGUCCCAAAGAAAAAGCUGCGUUCAAUGUGCUGAAGGAAGAAAUGAAGAAGUUAGGCCCUGUCUCUUAUGCUGAAUUAAAUGUCCUCCUCUUGUUCGUAUUGCUGGUGUUCUUGUGGUUUACCAGAAACCCAGGCUUUGUAAAAGGCUGGGCCUCCAGGCUUUUCCCAGGAGGAGAAAAGUUUAUCACUGAUGCUGUUCCUGCUAUGUUUGUUUCCCUGUUACUGUUUAUCCUUCCUGCUGAAAAGCCCAAAUUCACUGGCUGGAAUCCAGAGAAGUCUGACUCUGAACAGACUGAAGAAGAUAUAAAGCCAUUUUUAUCAGCCCCGCUGCUAGAAUGGAAUGUGGUUCAGAGGAAGAUGCCCUGGAGCAUUGUGCUGCUGCUGGGAGGAGGUUUUGCUUUGGCUGAUGCAAGCGCAAACUCUGGGCUUUCGGCUUGGCUGGGUAGUCAGAUGACUCCAUUAGGAUCUAUCCCACCAUGGGCCAUUGCAUCAGUGGUCUCCCUUAUUAUAGCUGUCUUCACUGAAUGCACCAGUAACGUGGCCACAGCCACGCUCUUCCUGCCUGUCUUUGCCUCCCUGGCUACAUCUCUCAGGAUUCACCCUUUGUACGUUAUGCUGCCUGCUACCCUCAGUGCUUCAUUUGCCUUCAUGCUGCCUGUUGCAACUCCCCCAAAUGCAAUAGUGUUCUCUUACGGCCGCAUCCGUGUUCUGGAUAUGGUUAAAUGUGGAAUAGUGAUGAACAUCAUUGGAGUCCUCAGUGUCACACUGGCCAUCAACACAUGGGGAAGACCUAUGUUUCAGCUGGACACAUUCCCAACCUGGGCAAACAUCACAUCAGAAUAGUGAGCUGUGAAGAAUUCAUGUGUUAAACAAGGAAAGUACCCUUAGUACUCCCUAUUGCUUAAUGUCCUGUAUAGAGUGUCAUUACCCUUCAGAUCCAGUGUUGGGUCUUUGCUCCCUUCCAGCAGUCACACAUCAGUUCAGGUUUGAAACAACUCCAGUUGUGCUGGAGUCAAAAGUGUUUGCAGUUAUACAGCCUCAGGUGUCAGGAUCAUGAGUAUGAUCAAGUGAUCUGUUGUACCUCCAAUCAGGGUCAAGAAUUAGGAUUUUACAGUGGAAAGAUCUGUGGAUAUGACCUGGGAUUUGCUCCCAGACUUGCUGUGUAUCCCCAUGCAAAUCAGUUAAUUUCUUUUUGCCUAUUUCCUCUCCUAAAUAAGAUGUUAUGGAACCUAUCUGCCUUACCAAGGUAUUAUGAGGACAUAAGGGUCAAAUUUUCCACCUCAUGAUAAUGGAUGCAAGGUAUUAAGUUAUAGAAUCAUAGAAUUCUGUAUAGAAGAUCUGGCAUGUAGCAUAGUAUUGUGUAGGAUAUUCAGUAGUUAUAUUAUUAAUGUUAAUUUUCUUUAUGAAACUGGAAAAAUACAUUUUUAUCCAGAAGUGAGGGAAAUAUUUAUCCACCAAAUGACGAGGUGCUUUUUUUGAGCAGAAAACUGCUUCAAUAAUUGAUUUCUGUGCCUUUAUCUUUUGUGCUCUUUCAUGGUGCUAAGCACCAUAAACUGCUGAAUGUUGUUCCCAAGUGCCACCAGUGGCUCUCUGUCUGCCCAGCUGGCUGCAUGUGGUGCAGUCUCACCCUUCUUCCAGGGAAUGGGAGCAUGUGGAUAAACACUUCCACUUGCAGAGUCUAUCUAGGGAAGAGGCCAGUUCUAGUGCCAAGAAUUGGCUUCUUGCUCACAGAUAUUUGUCACCACCUGAAACUUAUCACUGUAUUUUUUUGAAACCAAGAACAGUUGAGCACCUUCUGUCCUUUGGCAGUCACCCCUUAGUGCUGAUUUGCCUCUCCAGGUAUCUAAAUGCAUUUGAGAAAGGGACUUUCUCUGCUUUCUAAUGGACUUCACACUGUAAAAACAUGGGGUUUUGCCAGAUACAUGGUGCUUGCUCUGCUCUGUCUGACAAGUAAGAUAUAGGGGAGCUUGCAUGGGUAGAUGAUACUGAGCUUGGCUGUCUCAGUUCAUGCUGACCAAAACUCCUCUAAAACCAGUUCCAGCUAAAAGCUGUAGGACAGACACUUCACUAUCCUGUAUGCAGAAAAGAAUGUUCUGAAAGCUUCUUGAAGGGGAGAAAUUGCCCUCACCUCAGCUAGGGAAGCUCUUCACUCUGUUGCUGGACAAGAAGGAAGCAAAUGCUGUUGUCAUCACGAGUCACACAGGGUGAUUCGUGGUCAGGAGUGCUGGGCCAGAGGAAGUGUGCAUGUGGGGUAGCAGUGUUUGGUUUAUUGUAACUGUGUCACCUCUCUGUACUGUUAAUAGCAGUUACUUUUUGAGACACUUCUAUCACACCCUGUGAUUCAUUCAUAUUUCAUUUAAAUGGGUGGGUUGCAUGAUUACAGAGCCUGGCAAGUAAAAACUUUCUAGAACUCCUGUGUAACAUCGUGGACCACUUGUUUCUGCAUUAGCUUCCACUGUAGCACAGUGUUGGCCCAGUAAGGUCCAGGAAGGUGCACACUGUAGUGAAUAAUGCAAAGCACACAUCUGGAUACCACUCUUUAGGGUCUCCAGACCUGAAUAUCAGUGGUUUCUCUUUUUCAUCAGCUAAGUGAUAACUCCAGUUUGCAUCCCUGAAGAUCCUCAGGUGGGACCAAAUCAGGUAGCAUACCCUGUGAACUGUCCCAUUCAUUUCAGAAUAGAGGAUUAUAAGAAUCUAAGAAACACAAGCAGUUUUUAAGAAUUAAUGUUAUACAAACUUUCCAGUAUAAGAGGCACAAAUGGGCUUUUCUUCAGCAUUCCAGUGCCCUGAGUAAAUACACGUUUCUUACAGUGGACAAUGCAAGGACAAUUGCUUUGUGAUUAGAUCUGGUUUAUAGCCCCUUCAGCUGCAGGACAAGUACCAUGAUAGAAACUUAUUGGGCAUGGCAUUUGUUUUGUUGCUCAAAGGAUUGUUGUUUUAAUUGUGAUGAUCCUACAGUAGUGGCAUAAAAGAAUCCCUUUGCCCCCCACUUUAAAACAUGCACCCCCAGCACCCACAGAGAAGAUGGAAGGAUCCUCAGUGUGGGCUUUGUCAGGGUGGGUUAUUCAGCCACCCUGAGUGAGCAAACAGUUCCCAUUUUACCAUAUGAGGGCAGAGUGUGGUUUCUUGUGGUCAGGAGUCUGUCAGCUGGCCAGCUGGCAGCACAGCUGCCAGUGCCACUUCUAAGGAGCUGAAUUAAUGCUUUCUUAUUUUCUGCCCACUCUCCAUGAAUCCUUGGCUUUUCCUUUCUCCACUCAAAAUAUCAAUUUACCAAAAUACCAAGUUGCUAAUGCUGUUUCUGCAAAUAUUGAGUGUCCCAAACCUGCAGUGAUGUGAUCUGGGCUGCUGUUGUACAGGGUUCCUGCUUGGUCCUGUACCAGUCUGCAAACUGGUUUCCACAGUGCACUCGUGCUUGGGAACGGUCUCACAAUCGUGAAUGAGUUCAUAAAUGACCAAGCUACAUGAAAAUGUACAAAGGGAGAACAAAGGUAUUUCCUGCCCAUGUGUUGAACAUCUAGAUCUGUGGAAUAGAGAAGAAAAAACCUUUCAGUAUUCUCUGUCUGAUCAGAAGAAGUCCCCAAGCUGAAGAGUGGUUUGGAUUUGUUGGUGUCAUCCACUGAGUUCUGUGCAGCGGGUCGUGCAUUCCAUCUGAGUUCUGAUCUCACUUGAACUCAGUCUUUGGCUUAUUCAGACUUUGUUUUCCAGCUUAAGUGUGUUGCCACUUGAAAUAUCAAUAAUCUGGUUGUAGCCAAACCCAGCAUUUGCUGACAAAGUUGGACUUGGACCCGUGGUGAAAAUUAGCCCAGAAAGAGACCUAGAUCCCUGAGUCAGUCCUAGCCAAAAUGCAGCAGUGGUUCCUUAACAUACCACUUCUUCCUUUUUAGUAAUGAUAUACCUUAUAUAUGUUUCUAUGUACUUCACAUCUUUUUUUUCCCCCCAAGUGUCUGUGCUAAAUAUGUGAAGAAGUGGGUGGUAAUGAAUCCUGAGCCCUUGGGUCAUGUGACAGAGUUUUCACAAUGUUUUCCAGUGUGGGUGAAUAAAUGUGUGACUUUGACAAGUCUGAUCAAUCUCUUUGUGCCAUUGAGAGGUUUUCAACACUUUUGUACCUUGCACCACAAGGGCAGCAGUCUGCUGCAAGAGACUUGUUGGGCUCAGCAUUUGUCUGCAUGGUUUGAUGGCAGGGUGCUGAUUAUCCUCUGCCCAGAACCAUCCCAGUGGCAGCUCUUCAGUGCCAGAUCAGACCUUCUGAUACCCUUUAUGUAUCUUUGCUGGCCCCUGUGUGAAGCAUCUGUGGCACAGAGACGCUUGCCAUGCCCUGCAGACUCCUCUGCAUGGCAGAGAAAUUCUGAGGGAAGUACAGCCCUUACCAUUGGGAGCACAGAGAAAAGGCAGGUUUGCCACGCUGCCCUGAGCUGAUUGGGAACUGCUUAAUGCAACGUUUGGUAGUGAUUUAAAAAUAGAGCUGACUACACUGAAACUAUUUUUGCCCACUUAGGCUUUUCUGGAGCAUUUAGUCAAUAGUUGCCCAUUCAUUAUGGUAUAAAUCUAGAUUUCCAUUUACUGUAGGUUCUGGCCAUAAGAAAGAGACUGUUUCUUCUGUCAGAGAAAUGAUGUUAUCCUUCCCCAAUUUACUUCAGUGCUUUAUUUACCCACACAAAAUUAUUUCCCAGUCUCAUUUGGCACAUAGCCCUUCAAUGAGUUUUCAUAAGUUGUUUCAGGCCAGAGUGUGAGCCUCAAUACAAUGUUCAGAAAGCAUUUUUAAUAGACAAACCAUUUUCCUGAAAGAACCGAAUGUUCCAAACGAUAAAUCUAAUUUAUUGUAGUUUCCUUUGUGAGCUGUUUGUUCUUUGAGAACAAUAACUUGGGUUGGGUCUUCGCAAAUGUUUUAGAAAGCCAGCUGAAGAUCAAAUUUCCACCAGAAACAAAGUUAAUACGAUCUUUCAAUUAAGGAAUGAUUAUUCUGGAGGAAGUUUCUGUUUUACUUCAAUGUUUUGCCUUGGCUAUACAGUCAGAAAUCAGAACCAUAGGAGCUUAUAUUGCUCCUGUCAAAUGGCUGACUUCAAUUCAUCUGCUGUCUAGGUGUCCUAAUAGAAGCCUCACAUAUUUUUAACCAACUUAUUAAUGAAAAACAUAAAAUGCUUCUGUUUCAUGACAUUUAACCUUGAAUUUAUCUUUGAAUUCUAGUGUUUGUCUGAAGCUGGAGGAGUUCCACAGUGACAGAAGUACAUGUGCCAGUGCCUUCAAUAAACCAGUCAUUUUACACAAUUUCAUCCAAUUUGCAGCAUCCUUCAAUGGUGUUCAGCAUCUGCAGACAAAGUGGUUCCACCAUGACUCUUAUUGGCAGCCUUCUGAAAUGCACAUUACCUACCAGUUUCUUGACCUCAAAAAAGAGAACUUAGUGAAGAGUUAAGCCUUUAAUUAAAUAUGUUCUGACAAUUGUUUUAGUCACUGAAAACUAUGAUCUUGUUUCUAUUGAAUUACAAUUACAGCAUUGGAAUAAAAAAAUUGCAGACUUUGUG